UCGGCACCGCAUUAACUCGCAAGAUCGGUGGUUCAGGCAAUGCUUCAUAAAUUCGUCUCACUUGAACCGUACCGAUGGUGCUGCCGUGGUCGGUAAUCUCCACCUCCGUUGCUACAAUCAACGAACUUCAGAUGUCGCUCUGCGAGUAGUUGGUCAGACAACUUCACACUGAAACCCACGAAGCUUGUCCAUGAGUCCCAUAGUUUCCAGUUAUGAAUUUGAGCUGGUAUUCCAAUUCCUGCAGAUGUAAUUUUCCCGCUGAUAGUGGGGUGAAUGUCAGACUGUUAGGGUUUAUCCACGUGUAUAUUCACGUAUUUGAAUGUGAUGCUGUGAUAAUGGUUAACGAUUACCUCGUAUAUUUGGGUGACAAAUUCAAACUUGACUGUAAUCUGUACUGGGGUGUCAGUCGUGUUAAUAUGUUUCAUGACAAGUCAUUAUGUGGGGGAAGGAGGUGUGAUCAAUUGUCAACACAGACAGGAGGUGCGUGCAGCAGGUUGUGGCCACGAUCAGGUCGAGGAGCUCGUUGCGUUGUCUAACUAAUCAGAUGUGCAUGUUACCUACUGGCGGUUGAUUUCAGGUUUGUAAACAUUUUGGCCACCUCACACCAGUCCGGCAGACACACCCUCCUUGGCUUCCUGCAUGCUACGACCAGCUGCAUUCACUGCUGCAGGUUGCACUGCCGCUUCACGCGACCUGAGCGUGAGGUGGUGGUCUUCUUCAUUUCAGGCGCCAGUUGUUUAUAAACUUAUCGGAGCUUAGGAUCCGUCAGCAGAGAUGAUGCUGAUAGUCCGGCUUGUUAGCGCCAUUUUCUCUCUUCUCUUCCAUGAUGCAAGGGUUGUGAUGGCGGACUUCUCCCGGGCAGAGGUGGACGGUUUUCUGCGGCCUCAGAACGUCGCAAGAGCGCAGCUGGGCCUCCCACCCUUACAAUGGGACGGCCGACUGGCUAACUACGCGCAGUGGUGGGCUACGCAGCGGCAGUACUACGGCGACUGCAGACUUCAGCAUUCCGGGGGACCUUACGGGGAGAACAUCUUCUGGGGGGCGGGGAAGCUGUGGCAGCCUGUGGAAGCAGCCAACGCGUGGGUGAGGGAGAGACAGUGGUACCGCUACUACAGCAACUCGUGCGCGUACAAUAACAAGUGCGGGCACUACACGCAGAUUGUGUGGCGGGGGACGACGCGGGUAGGAUGCGCGAGAUCUGUCUGCAACGAUGGCAACGUAUUCAUGACGUGCAACUACUACCCGCCCGGCAACUGGGUUGGGCAGCGACCAUACUGAUAAUCACCCAUGUAGUUCUAGCCCGAGCUCUUACUGCAGCUUCUCUUCCUUAGGUUUCCCCCUUGCAUUCUGUAGAAUCCUCAAGCAUCUGCUUCGUGUUGCCACGCUUUCCUCGUGACAGCGUUGUGCGUACGGAUUCCCCUUGGCUUCAAUAAAGAAAAGAAGAAUAUAAGACCAAACAGUCAGCGUGAA